GUUAAGAGUACAGAGCAGUAGAGUAAAGCGAAGCAGAGCAGAGAAGCAAAAAAGAAAGGAAAAAAAAAAAAAGGAAAAAAAACUGAUGAAGCUUUAGAUCGACAUUUCCUUGAUUUCCAAGCUCUCUCUUUCUCUCUCUAGCUCUCGCUUUCUCUCUCAUGGAAUGGUAGAUUUGGAGUUCCGGAGUCUCGCAUUCGUCAGGUGAGCUUCAGAUCUGAUUUUGGCUACUGGUGUUGGCAUUCGUGCAAUGGGCAAGUCGCCAGGGAAAUGGAUCAGGGCAGUACUGUUUGGGAAGAAGUCAAAAGACCACAUUUCAAAAGGAAGAGAGAAACUUGCAAAUGAGAGAGAGGUGGUGGUUGCUGCAAAGACUUCAGGAGCUGAUUUCGCUUCAGUUUCACCUACUUCACAACCAUUACCUAUUACCACUGAAGGAAAUGAAGGGAAGUUAGGGUUGGAGAACAAGGAAGGUGAAAAUAUAUAUGGUGACGGGGGAACUGUUUUUCCAGGGAGCGAAAAUGUAGAGACACAGGGAUCCAUCCCCCAAGAUGUACCAAGUGAUCCUGAGCAAAUUAGGAAAGAGCAAGCGGCAACUAUUGUGCAGGCUACUUUUAGGGGUUAUCUGGCUCGCCGAGCAUUUUGGGCCCUGAAAGGCAUCAUAAGGCUGCAGGCACUUAUUCGUGGGCACUUGGUUAGGAGACAAGCUGUUGCCACUUUGUGUAGUAUGCUGGGGAUUGUCAAGUUUCAGGCUCUAAUUCGUGGAAGAAGGAUAAGAACUUCUGAUAUUGGGCUUGAAGUGCAAAGCAAAUGCAAUCUCGCGAUGCCUAUGGGUGGCAAGCUGGAUCCUGUUGGCGUUAAUAUUUCUACACAAAUAACGAAGCUGUCAAUAAACGCUUUCAUUCGAAAGCUUCUUGCUCCAUCACCCAAUGUGAUGCCUCUGCAUGUGCACUACGAAUCUGGUGAUCCAAAUUCUGUUCCGAGCUGGUUGGAACGUUGGUCAUCAACCCAUUUUUGGAAACCAAUUCCCCAACCUAAGAGAGUUCUGGAUACAAAAUCUCAGAAAAAGCAGGGCAAUGGUCAGAUAGCAGAACCUCAAGCGAGCAGAUCGAAGCGAACCCGGAGAUCACAUUCCACAAAUGUUGAAAGUGUCUCAGUGCACACAACUUCUGAACUUGAGAAACCCAAACGCAGCUUUAGAAAAGUUUCAAGCCAUCCAGCAGAACCGGUGCAGGAAAAUCCACAAAUUGAGCUUGAAAAGGUUAAACGAAACUUGAGAAAGGUUCAUAUCCCUGUAGUGGAGAACUCUGUCCAGUCAGAAGUUGGAAUUGAGAAUCCACCAAAGCAGAGUCUUGAAAACGAGUUUAGCAGUUCAAGUCAUGAUGGUGUAGAACAAUGCAUUAAUAAUGGUAGUGAGAAGGUAAAGAAAGAGCCAAUGUCCAAUGACAAGGUAAAGAAGGAGGCAACAUCCAUUGAGAAGGUAAAGAAAGAGACAGCACCAAGUGAGAAGGUGAAGAAAGAGACAACACCCGGUGAGAAGGUGAAAAAAGAGACGACAUCCAUUCUGCCUGAGGUAGAAGCAGUCCCCGAGCCAAUAGUAACCAAGGAGGUACCUGAGUUAUCAUCUGGUGACCGACCUAUAGCUGAUGAUAAGCCUCCAGUAGAGAGCACUAGCAAAGAAGAAAUUGUGCCUGAUGAGCAAGCUACAGUUGAAUCACAGGUUCUAACAGAGAACACUAAAAAAGAGGAAAAUGUUUUAGCUGCAAACGGAGGGUUGGUACAAAAGGAAGACUUGACAAGCAUUGACAACCAGAAAUCAGGCAGGAAAGCUUCUACUCCAGCCAAACAAGAACGUGCGGAGAAUGGGGUACAGACUGCUCCUGCUUUGCCAAGCUAUAUGGCAGCAACUGAAUCUGCAAAGGCAAAGUUGAAAGUGCAAGGCUCCCCAAGAUUUGGACAAGAUGAGACAGAGAAAAAUAACCUCAAUCGUCGUCAUUCACUGCCAUCUUCCACAAAUAGCAAAAUCAGCUCACAGUCACCAAGAACACAGAGAUUGGUUCAAACCUGCAGCAAGGGAGGAAAAAAAAGCGAUAAAUCUCUAUCCUCUCGAGAUGGGAAUGGAAAAGUGACACAAGCAGAGUGGAGAAGGUGAUUUUUGAGGGUUAGCGAGUUUCUUGGAGCUCCAAAACAAAGUGGCUUAUGUUCGACAUGAGUAUUUGAUUUAUGUAUUUGUGAUUUCAAAGUGUUGUGAAACUCUAACUGUCUAUAGUUAGAAGGCUGUGUGGGGCCAAGGGCCGUUCGUGAUUUUCUUGCACUUUGAGUGUUUGUGAGUGAAUGUACAUCAUAGGUUUCUAGUUUUUCAUGACACAAUCUGCAUCAAUUGAAGCUGUGUUGGUUUUGACAUUAUUUCUUACAUUCAUGAUGUUAUUAUGUAUAGUGGUCAUCAUUUUAAAUGUGAUUUUGUGGGGAUUGUUA